GUACCAUGAACACGAAGACUGUCCUCGCCAUUGCCGCCGCCGCUUUUGUCGGCUCUGCCGCUGCUGAGACGUGCUCGUCCACGGACCAGACGACCGCGUACUCGACGCUCGCUAGCGUGUUGACCCUGAGCUCGUUCCAGGGUUGCGCCGACGACUCUGGCUUCAGCCUGCUGUACUCGACGUCGCUGCCGGACGACGACCAGUACGUGAAGAUGUGCGCUUCGGACAACUGCAAGUCGCUGAUCGAGUCGGUGGCCGCCCUGAACCCGCCUAACUGCGACCUGACGGUGCCGACGAGCGGUCUGGUGUUGAACGUGGUGGACCUGACGAGCGGUUUCUCGGAGAAGUGCUCUUCGUUGUCUUCGUCGUCCACGACUACCUCGAGCGCUGCCACGUCGACGACGACGGAGGCCCCUGCCGCGACGACGGCUGCCCCCACUACGGAGUCCACGACGACGACGACGACGACGACGCCGACGGCUACCGAUGCUCCCGUUGCCACUCCCGCUGCCACUCCGGCCGCCACCACGACGAACUCGACGGAGUCCGUGACUCAGACUUCGGUGACGCAGACCGCCGCCGCAUGCUAAGUUGUUACAGGCUAGGUUUGAGCUAGGACGUAUUUUCUUGCGUUAGUGACAACGUUGGCAGUGUAUAUAUAUAUAUCAUUUUUUGGAUGAGGGUAUCGACAAUCGAUCGCCCCCAUGCUAAAAAAAAUCUCAUGUGAUACCAUACAAUUGAUGUGCUAGGAGCUUGGUACGUAGUUAGACGCUACUUUGUCGUACGAGCUUGUAUGAAACUAGGUUCAACUGCG